GGUCGCUCCGAGGCGCGCGCAGGCGGUCCUCCUUCGCUCCGUUUACCUGAGGGACCCGCGGCCACCCACGGCCGGCGCCGCAGCCCCCCAGGAGCCCGGCCCCGAGGUGUGAGGUGAGCCCCGGAGCGUGCGGCUCCCCCGUCCGGCUCAGCGGGAAGAGGGCUCGGGGAGUGUGGGGACUGAGGAGGUGCCGCCGCGGCUGCCCGCUCCUCUGUCUAACCCUAUGCCGAGGAGCCACCAGCAGCCCCGGCAGCUCCUCCUCAGGGAUCGUUAUUCUCGUCGCGGCCAAAACAAAAGCCUUGGGUGCCGGGCUGUGGCGGGGUGUCUCGGGGCUUCUCGGGGUGGGCGGCGGGCCGGCGGGGCGCGGGGGAUCGGGGUUUGGGGCUGGGGGUUGAGGCGGACAGAUGCUCGCGGACAGGAUUAACCCUCUCGGUCCCGAGCUCGCGCUGGGCAACCUGUGCGAGUGUGGCCCGCGUUCCCCCCGCGCCGCCCCCGGCCCAGCCCUCCGCCUCGGUGGGCGCCGCGGGGGCGUGUGGCGCUCCGGGGCCGCCCGGGGCGUGGGUGGAGGACGCGGCCGCCGGCUGGGAGGACAAUGUACCGAGGGCUGCGCGUCGGGGCGCGGGGGUCCGCCCGAGACCCGCGUCGAGGCUUCCCCGGGCCCGGGCGGCGUCUCAGCAUCUGACCGGCCUCCUGUUUCCAGUCCUAAAAGUUGUUCCCUCCCAUCAGUUCGCAAAGUCUGCUGCUCCCUCCCCGAAGCUUCCCCCGCUGCCCGCUUUGAUGCUCCGUGUGUUUGCCCUGGGGUACCGCGGGGCAGCUCAUCCAUAGCCUCUGAAAUAAAGCUGCUGUUAAAAUACUUCAAGACGUUUUAG